CGGGCUCCGGGCCUCGGGCGGACGAUGCGGCGGCCCGGCCGGAGCGGCGGCGGGAAGCGGAGGCGGAGGUGACGCGCCAGGGCCGGCGGGCCGGGCCAUGCAGCGCUCCCGGGCGGCCGCGGACGAGGCGGCCCUGCUCCUGGCCGGGCUGGCCCUGCGGGAGCUGGAGCCCGGAGGCUGCUCUCCGGGUCGGGGGCGGCGGGGACCGCGGCCUGGGCCUGGAGACGAGGCGGCGCCCGCGCUGGGCCGCAGAGGGAAGGGCGGCGGCGGCCCCGAGGCCGGGGCGGACGGACUGAGCCGCGGGGAGCGGGGUCCCCGGCGCGCGGCGGCCCCGGAGCUCAGCGCGCAGCCUGCGGGCAGCCCACGGGCCAGCCUGGCGGGGUCCGACGGCGGCGGCGGCGGCGGCGGCAGCGCCCGCUCCAGCGGCAUCAGCCUGGGCUACGACCAGCGCCACGGCAGCCCGCGCUCCGGCCGCUCGGACCCUCGCCCCGGCCCCGGGCCGCCGUCGGUGGGCAGCGCCCGCUCCAGCGUGUCCAGCCUCGGCUCCCGGGGCUCGGCCGGCGCCUAUGCUGACCUCCUCCUGCCCGGCGCCUGCCCUGCGCCCGCUCGCUCCCCGGAGCCUGCGGGGCCAGCCCCCUUCCCGCUGCCUGCGCUCCCGCUGCCCCCGGGCCGGGAGGGCGGCCCAAGCGCGGCCGAGCGGCGGCUGGAGGCGCUUACCCGGGAGCUGGAGCGGGCGCUCGAGGCGCGCACGGCACGGGACUACUUCGGUACGUCUGCAAAGCCCAGCAGCCUGACAGCCUCCACUUCCCAGUGUGGCCCGGGCCCCCUGAUCUCUAGUUCUUGGGACAGCUCUUCAGGCAUUUGCAUCAAGUGUGGGCUUGGCAUCUAUGGAGCCCAGCAGGCAUGCCAGGCAAUGGGGAGUCUUUAUCACACCGACUGCUUCACCUGCGACUCGUGUGGGAGACGACUCCGUGGGAAGGCGUUCUACAACGUGGGCGAGAAAGUGUACUGCCAGGAGGACUUCCUGUAUUCCGGGUUCCAGCAGACAGCCGACAAGUGCAGCGUGUGUGGACAUCUCAUCAUGGAGAUGAUCCUGCAGGCCCUGGGCAAGUCCUACCACCCAGGCUGCUUCCGGUGCUCCGUGUGCAAUGAGUGCCUGGACGGGGUUCCCUUCACCGUGGACGUGGAGAACAACAUCUACUGCGUGCGAGACUAUCACACGGUUUUUGCUCCAAAAUGCGCCUCCUGUGCCCGUCCUAUCCUCCCUGCACAGGGCUGUGAGACAACCAUCCGUGUGGUGUCCAUGGACAGAGACUACCACGUGGCAUGUUACCACUGUGAGGACUGCGGGCUGCAGCUGAGCGGGGAGGAGGGACGCCGCUGCUACCCCCUGGCGGGUCACCUGCUGUGUCGUCGUUGCCACCUGCGGCGCCUCCAACCUGGGCCUGUUCCCUCACCCACUGUGCACGUCACUGAGCUCUGAGCAGGGGAAAACCCGUCCCAGGGCCGGGGUGGGUGUGGGUGUGGAGGGAGGGCCUGCGUGGGUGGCCCCGGUCAGUGUCAGGGGAGCUCCCUCUAAUCCCACUUUCCCACCGAGCUGCUGUCUGCAGGGGCCGGACCCCCGCGUGGAAGCUUCUAUUUAUUCACCGUCUGUGCCUGCUCAAGUCACUUCCCUGCGGGCCCUGCCUCCCACCCACCCCAUCACCAGCUUUCCACUUGGAGGCCCUCUGGAGGACCCCUGCGCCCUGCAGCCUCAGAGUAGGCCGUGGGUCACCAGGCUGCAGAGGGCCCCUGCCCUGGUCAGGGGCGCGAGGUGACCCGGCUGCAUUCCUGGGUGGGAGCUGCUGUCCGUUGUUCAGAGACCUGGGGACACCGCCCCACCCCCCCGCAAAGCGCGCUCCCAGGCAGGGUGUGGUCUGGAAGGCGGGGCUGGCAGGGACAUGGAUGGGUGUUCCUGCAUCUCCUAGCGCAGUGCCUGCUGGUGGGUGGGAGGGUGCCUGGCUUAGGUGGGGUCCCAGGAGGGGGUGAGGAAUGACACCCUUGGGGAGCGGGCCUGCAAAGGGCACUGCCUGUGGCCAUGUGGUCACUGUGGGAAUUGGUCCUGGGGACUUUGAUGGGUGUUUGCGGCCCCACUUGCCGCCCUGCUCCCUCUUCCAGGGCUCCUGGCUUGGGUCCCCCAGCCCACUCCCCUGCUCAGCCCGGGAAAAUGCCCCGUGCGGCUGCAGCCCCGGAUAUCGCUCAGGAGCGACGACGGGGGCGCUCUGGCCGCGCUGCAGGAAAGCCUGUGUUUGCACGCGGGGCACGGGGUUCCAAGACAAAAGGACAGGAUUUGACUUAAAUUAAGUUUUUCCCUUGAGGAUAUUUGCGUUUUCUUUAAAAGAAUAUAAUUUUCUUCUAAGAUCUUG